AUGGACGCCGUCGAUUACUCGGAGCACUACGAGGUCACCACGGCCGAGGAGACGCCCUCGCUACUCUCCGUCAUCAUCGACACCAACCCGCGCGCCUGGGCCGUCCUCGACGACGGCGACCUCCCCCUCUCCCUCCCCACCGCCGUCGCCAACCUUCUCCUCUUCAUCAACGCACACCUCGCCUUUAGCGGCGCCAACCAGGUCGCCGUCAUCGCCGCCCACGUCAACCGCGCCGUCUGGCUGUAUCCUUCCUCGCAGCAGCAGCAGCAGAAUCUACUUUCAAAUACGUCCCCGCGGCCGAAUCCCUCCGAUGGCGACGUUGACAUGGCCGAUGCGCCCUCUGCCACCGGCACCACGCCCUCGUCGGCGAACAAGUACCCGCCAUUUGCGCACAUUGAGGCGACGGUGCUCGCCUCGCUCAAGCAGCUCAUGGCCGAGACAACAGAGCGCGACCUAGAUAGCACGACGACGCAACUUUCGGGCGCCUUGACUCUCGCCCUGUGUCACAACAAUAAGGCCGGGCGGGCCCUCUCCGCCUCGGACACGGCGCUCCUCGACGCCGCGCAGGCCAGCGGCGCCACGGCGCCCCCGCCGAUGAAGGGCCGCAUACUCGUCCUCUCCGUGUCCGACUCCGAGUCAGCGCAGUAUAUCCCCAUCAUGAACGCCGUCUUCGCCGCCGCCCACAGCCACGUCGCCAUCGACACCCUCGCCCUCGCCGGCGACGCCACCUUUCUCCAGCAGGCCUGCUUCGGCACCGGCGGUGUCUUCCUCCGCGCUGCCAACCCCCAAGGCCUACUCGCCUACCUCAUGUUCGGCAUGAUCGCCGACUCCGAGGCCCGCGAGGCCCUCGUCGCUCCCGCCCACGACACCGUCGACUUUCGCGCCGCCUGCUUCUGCCACGGCAACGUCGUCGACACCGGCUUCGUCUGCUCCAUUUGCCUCUCCAUCUUUUGCGACCUGCCUGAGAACGCAGAGUGCCUGACGUGCGGCACCAAGCUGGCGCUCGGCCGCUACGGCGCCAAGCCCGCUGUCGUGCCCAGGAAGAAGAAGAAAAAGAAGAAGAUCAUCAACGGCAGCGGGAGGGAGGAGACUAUGAGUGCUGCUGGAACACCGUUGAGAUGA